GAUCCAUGGCUCACUAUUACUUUUUCCUUUGUACCCUCCUUACCUUUUCAUUAUCUUUUUAUGGAAUAUCCGCCGCAAACCACCAAGUAACUAACUUCGCUGAGAAAACACCUGGUGGAAUCCGUUUCACCAAAGAAAUCGGAAUUCCAUUCACAAAGACACUAAUGGGUACCAUUAAUAACUACAUAUGGACCACCAUCUUGCAACAAAGCGAUCCUGCUGACCGAAAGCCUGUGCCGACUGUGAACAUUUAUAUCGUAGACUUCAAAGGAGCCGAAGCAAUCACUUGGGGUGAUAAUAUUAAUGUUAGUGCUGUUUAUCUACUAGGGUAUCAAGGGAACCUGAAAUGGGAAUUCACGUCCCUCUUGUACCAUGAAAUGACUCAUGUUUUUCAAUGGAAUGGCGAGGGUAAAGCUCCUACAGGCUUGGUAGAAGGGGUGGCAGACUAUACGAUUUUAAAAGCAAAUUAUUUCCCACCCGCUUUUGCAAAACCAGGAACUGGUAAUAAAUGGGACCAGGGGUAUGAUUUCACAGCUCGUUUUCUCGAGUAUUGUGAUGGGAUUACCCCAGGGUUUGUGGCAAAGCUAAACAAAAAGAUGAGGAAAACUUUUGACGUCAAGUUUUUUCAAGAGUUGACAGGAAAGCCCUUGGAUACACUAUGGAAGAAUUACAAGGCUAAAUAUGGGAAUAUAAAACAUGGUGAUGAAAUAACUGAAUUUGUUAAUUGAAAAUAUAUUAAAACUGGUUUCUUUACGAAUAGUAAUUAUAACAGGUCGCAAGAUAUCAAAAAAAAAAAAUGUUAUGUUGGUUUUUUAUUAAACAAGAAACGUAGGUGUUCCUUGGAAGAUCUAUUUUUAUGUGAAUACUAGAAAAAAUAACAAAAACCUUCACUCGCAACAUGAUGUCUCGAAAUAUAAAUAAUGUAUAGAUCGUUGAAUGAUGAAUAAUGAUGUAAUAGAUCUUUAGUUAGGAGAUAACUAGUUGAUGCUUAUCAGAAAUGCAAAUCUAGCUAGUGUUCUUCUAUCAUAA